GCGGGAACGAGGCACCUCCUGAGCCCAGCCUGGGGUCCCUGCUUGCUGGGCAGUCCCCCCCCCCCGCCUGGCCGCGGUGCCCGCCAAACGGGAGCGGCACGUGGUCCGGCACGUGGUCGUGGCCGUAGGCCCCGUGCUCCCUCCCCACGGAGGUGCAGAGCCCAUCCAGCGACGAGGGGACGUGGGAACGCGGGGAUAUGGCCCUCGUGGUGAAGAGCAUGGUGGGCAGCCAGCUCAAGACCCUCACUGGGGGCCUGGGCACGGACGACAAGGGCACCGGGGACAAGACUGCUGCCGAGGCGCAGGGCAUGAGCCGCGAGGAAUAUGAGGAGUACCAGAAGCAGCUGGCAGAGGAGCAGAUGGAGCGGGAAGCACACUUGGCACAGAGAAAGGCUGAACGAGCCACGCUGCGGACCCACUUCCGGGACAAGUACCGGCUGCCCAAGAACAGGAUCGACGAGGGCCAGAUCCAGGUGGUGGGUGGGGCUGUGGCACUGCCCUGGGAGCUGGCCAAGAUGAUCGAGGAGGACACAGAGGAGGAAGAGGAGAAGGCCUCCGUGCUGGGCCACCUGCCCAGCCUGCCCAGCCUGGCUCUGGGCUCCCUCAAGGACAGGGCCCAGGCCACCUUGGGAGGCCUCCGGCAGUCGGCUGACAACUGCCUGCUCAUGUAGUUGCUCCCACCCUGCGCUGGGCGACCUCACCCCUCCCUGCACCAGCUGCUGCUCUGCCCACCCCAGAAGCCGACCAAGUCCCAGAGCCCUCGGCCCCAACACCCUGGAGGCCACACCCCCAGUGGCUAGAGCAGGAGUGGGGCAGCCAUCACUGUCCCUCCCGUCCCUGGAGCCCCCACUCUCCUCAGCCUGGUGAACAGCCUCCCGGCCACACCUGUGUCCACUCCCUCCUGACCCCAGUGCAGGGCCUUGGGCUUGAGCCCCAGCACCAGAGGAGAGAGCAGUGCUGGGGUCUCCCUCAAAAAAAUAAUAAAAUGUGGCAGGUACAUGUG